AUGACACGCGCUCAACAGACCCUCUCCGUUCUCCUACUUGUCUCUUCGCUCUAUCUUGUCCUCUACUUGGAUCUUGUCCCCCUCAAUGAAACCGUUCAAAAAGAGAUCAUUCCUGUCCUUCCCUUCUACGCCUUAAUAUCGUUCGGAUGUUACCUACUUGGUCGCCUAGGUGUAGCAAUCUUAACAUUCAAUGAUGUACCCGAGGCGCAUGAGGAGCUGCAAAAGGAGAUCGAGCAGGCUAAGGCGGAGUUGCGCAGGCAGAACGUUGAUGUCGACUAAAGCGCCUUGGUCGAUCGGUUCGGUUGUGAGAUACUAGCCUCCUCCUACUCCAUGUAUCAUUAGGGCGGUCUUUAUUCGGGACUCGGAUGCCUGUCGCUUGUGCAGCAGCCGGGAGGGCAUUUAAUACAAAUAUAGGCGAGAUAUUAUUGUGGCGGCUUUACCACGAAUCCCAGAGCGAGCCAAAUCUGACUCUGCACAUGCUAUUAUUGUUACGUUAUUGAAUAUAGGACAAAUGUCAUGAAGGCUGAAGGUUUGGGCAGUAGAUCUAUAGGCAAGGAAAGGUGAA